AUGAUUAAAAUACUAUUAUUAUUAUUAAUAUCUAUUUCAAUAAUAUUUGUUAAUGGACAAGAUACAACAUGUUCAACAAAAUUACAACCAUUUAUAUCGGCUGGUGUAAAUUAUCAAUGUAAUCAAGUAGCAAUUACUGGUAUUCAAUCUAGUACUGGUAGUAUACUCAGUGUAAAGGCAAAUGUAUUCUUUUAUCGUUACUAUGAUGGUCUACGUCAAAACACUGCCAGUCAAUUACUUUCAUCGGAAUCUGUAUCGUGUGAUGCACCAACCAAUACCAAUCAACCAUUCUCAUCUGCCACUGGUCUAAGUGAAUUAAUUAUCUAUAGAAAUGCUACCAUUCAAUUUGGUAGCAAUCCAUUGGUAUCAUUACAAUGUAGUUCGUCGUCAUCCAAUUUAUUUACAUUUCAACUUGCCGAUUCAACAAGUUUUCAACUAUUUAUAAAGACUCUACCAAUUGAAUUGGGUUGUCCUUCUCUAAAAUGGAAAGAUACUUGUACAACCUCUACCACCGGUACCACUACAGGUUCACCGGUUACUACUACUACCACCACCACCUCUACUACUACAGGUUCACCAGUUACUACUACCACCUCUACCACUACAGGACCACCAUUUACUCAACCACCACGUAAUAUUCCAUUGAUUUCAUUUAAAAAUGUUACCAAUCAAUGGGUUAGUGAAGGUAAAACUUAUUAUCAAUUUACUCAUACCAUUGUCAACCCAAAUGUCUAUGAUGUCAAAGAUGUUAAAUUAACAAUUCAAGGUCAAUUUAAUCCAACUCAAUAUUGGAACAUAGUCAUUCAAGACAAUACUAUCAUCUUGCCAGAUUAUGCCAAUCCACUCAAAGCUGGUAAAUGGGUUGAUUUUGGUUAUAUUGUAACAGACAAGGAUAGUUUUACUUUUACUCCAACUUUUACAAAAUAA